UUCUACAAUUCCGGAAGGUGCCUUAGACGAAUCUGGCGAGAGUCCCAUUCCAGAGAGCGCCGGUAGAGCUUGCGACCUUCUCAGCCCGAAGCAGCGUCACCAGAUGAAGCAUCGCGAGCUGUUUCUCUCCCGCCAAGUGGAAACCUUACCGGCAACGCACAUUAGAGGCAAGUGUUCCGUCACCCUGUUCAACGAAACCGAAGCUUUGGGCUCGUACCUCAACAAAGACGAUAUGUUCUUCUACUGCUUAGUGUUCGAUCCCACGCAAAAGACUCUGCUGGCAGAUAAGGGCGAGAUCCGCGUAGGCAGCAGAUAUCAGUGCGACGUUCCCCCCAUGCUCAGAGAUAGUGAAAGUGACGAUCGCGACCUCAGCGAGAUGGAGAGCAUCGUAUGGACUCCAGACCAUCAUCUCAGUGACCGGCAGAUAGACCAAUUUUUGGUGGUUUCGCGAAGUGUCGGAACUUUCGCGAGGGCCUUGGACUGCAGCUCGAGUGUGAAACAACCUUCGUUACAUAUGUCGGCGGCGGCAGCUAGUCGGGACAUAACAUUGUUCCAUGCCAUGGACACUUUGCAUCGGCACGGUUACAAUUUAUCGGGCGCGUUGUGUUCUUUGGUGCCAUCUAGUGGUCCGGUGCUGUGUAGAGACGAAAUGGAAGAGUGGAGUGCUUCGGAAGCGAAUUUGUUUGAGGAGGCUUUGGAUAAAUAUGGAAAGGACUUCAAUGACAUCCGUCAAGACUUCCUGCCUUGGAAAACGCUGAAGAACAUAAUAGAAUACUACUACAUGUGGAAAACGACAGACAGAUACGUCCAACAGAAGAGAGUAAAAGCUGUCGAAGCCGAAUCCAAGCUGAAGCAGGUCUACAUUCCUAACUAUAACAAACCAAAUCCAGCAGCACUAAACAAUAACAAGGGUGUAGUGAAUGGAAGUAGUAAUGGUAGCUCGGAUGCAGCAGUGUCGUUGGGUGGAAAGGCCUGUGAAUCUUGUAAUGUAACGGUAUCAAACCAAUGGUACGCCUGGGGUCCUUCGCAUAUGCAAUGUCGCUUGUGCCAAGUGUGUUGGCACUACUGGAAAAAAUAUGGUGGCCUCAAAAUACCAACGAGGUUUGGCGACGGCGACUUCGAAAAUGGCGGUAAGAAAAUAUCUGGUAGCGAAGUGGAGGAGGAAAGGGUUCAGGGAAUGCCACACAGACCGCAUCGCUGUAACAUUGGCGGUUGCGGAAAGGAGUUCAAGCUCAAAGCACAUCUGGGGAGGCACUAUGCGACGGCUCAUGGUAUCAUGGUCAGGUCUGGCUCCCCUAGGCCGAUUAUGAAAACUCGGACUGCUUUUUACUUGUGUACCACGCCGAUAACUAGGAUUUCCAGGAGGUUGUGCAGGCACAUAAUGAGACCAAGGCAUGCGGCUCGAGCGCCAUUCUUUGCCAUAAAUAUACAGGCUGUCAAACAGGAAUGUGGUAUGGCAAUGAUAGGCAAAACAAUUGCUGAACUCAAACAGCUUCUGAUAUAUCAGAAAAAGAAUAGAGGAAGUGUCACUGCCAUUGCCACAAGACUAGGUAGGCCAGGACCUAUAACACCUCAAUGGCUCAUCUUGACUCCCAAAGAAAUGCUACCGCAGCCUGACAAAGUGGCUUACCCCAAACCCCCCAAGGCCCCUGACGGAAGUUUGCUCUAUGAACGGAUACCCAACAAACCAGAAGCCGAAAAAAUCCCUUUGAAUAAUAUGUCACCUUCGUUAAAGAGAAGGGCCUAUGACGAAAUGAAUGGAAUGGACAGUGGUGUUGGAGUACCUGUGAGCCUUCCGCCUACGAAGAGAAUAACAAAAGAACCAGUACAAGUAACUAGACCAGAACAGUUUCAAGCAAUGAUGGCUGCACAACUGCCCCCUGGCCAACCCUUGCCUCGUCACAUCGCACAAAUAAAUGGAAAACCAAAAAUUGCUCACAUGACGAGAACAGGCUCUGGACGGAAACAAGUGAUAAGUUGGAUGGACGCGCCUUUCAUUAUGAUUUCCUACCACAUAAUGGAAUCAAGAAAAAAAGUUCGUCGACAAGUCACAUUAGCAGAGUUAAGAAGAGGUGCGAGGAAACCUUGGAGGCAACUAAGAACCAAAUCUGAUGAUCUGCAUGUGGUCGUCCUCGAUUGACAGUGAACUUGAACACUUAACUUGUAAAUUAACUUCGCCAAGUGCUCAUUGUGCUGUAGCACAUUUUUUAUAAGGAGACGAUUCCCACAAUAUAACCCCAAAUAUUGUUUUCAUGUGACCUGAAUGGUUUUAAAUUGUUUCAUCGUGGUGAUCCACUCAAACUUUUUGCAAGAUAAUGUCAAAGCUGGAUUUCAACGAAUUAUUUGUUUCUUCAAAAUUACGACUUUGAAACUCUGCAAUCUCGUAAUUUCAAAAUUAUGAGACUGAAGUCAUUAUUUUUAAAUUUUGAAAUUUAAUUUGAAAUUUCGAGUUAAAAGUCGUAAUUUUGAGUUUGAAGUCAUAAUUUCGAAUUUGAGGUCAAAAUUUCUAGAGUAAAGUCGAGAUUUUGAGGUUAAUGUCAAAAUUUCUAGUUUCAAAGUCGUAAUUUUCAAGAAACAAAUAAUAAAAAUAUGUGGCCCUUCUGCGCUUCCGUACAAUGAAGACUUUCGGUUUGUUAAAGUCAAUUAAUAGCUGAUUAACUGCCAGCUUUGUAGCCAUUAAUUUGCCAGAUGUGAAUAAAUGAAAUGAGAUGAUUGCCCAAAUUCAAAUCAGUUAUAGUGGACUCUGUUAUUUGAUUUUUUUGAAUUGCAAAAUGGAAUGUAAUUUUUUUCAGAGUAUUUUAAUACAUUUUAUGUACAUUUACAUUAUUGAUUUGUCCAUUAUAUUCGGAGAAAGUUAAAAUAUCCUUGGAAGAAAUACUUUAUAGAAGAAAUGUAUUCAUCUUCUGUUGAAAAAAGUCAUUUUACUAUAGAAUUGAAUCACAAUUUUGUACUGUUUGACUGAAUAUUUUUAAAUCAUUCUGACAAGAGGGUUAAAUUUACAAUGUGAAAAUCAAAUUCAUGCUCAAUUUUAGUAAUCCUCAUUUGUUUGAAAACUUUUUGAUUUUUUCUUUUUCGUUAAUGAUCCAUUAUAGAACGAGAAUUUAAAGCAAUUUUUUUCAAUGUCAGGUCAUGAAACUUUGUUCUACUGUACUUGUGGAGUGACGUGGUUAUGUUGUAAGAAACGCAUUUUUCAAAUCACCAUGGUGAUGAUCAAAAUGACACACUGUAAUAUAUUCAAAGAUUGGUCACCUCAUGUUUAACUGUUAUAAUCAGAUUUAUUUAUUUAUUGUCUGUAGAACUGUGGUACAGAGUUUUGUUGAAAUAAUUGGAAUAUUGGAUUAGUUACUUUCAUAGAGGGUUAUGAAAUUUGGGUAAUGACAAACUAGUUUUUGAUGUAACGAGAUGUGAAGUACUACUUUUCUGCACAAAUGUGGAAACGUUAUUUCACAUUAUAGUUGAUAGUCCAAUUUUAUUUCUAUACCUGUAAGUAAAGCAGUAAAGUGUGAAAUUGUUUUGUUUUUUUUUUUCACAAAUUAUGAAGAAAAUUUGAGUCAGUCUCAGAUUUUCUCCAUAUGUUAUUGUGAACAAUGUGAAAUCAUAUUUCACUUUUUGGAUACUUGUAAACAAAUGUAGAAAACAUUUUUCCAUUCAAUCUCUUUCCAAUAUCUAAUUAAACAUGCUAACAAAGUUUGUAAAGAGUGUGUAUCAUAUGCGUAUAUGUCAUUUCAAUACAAUUGAAUUUAAAACUUUUUUACAUUACCAUCAAGGUAAUUUUUGAUCGAUCCUCUAGUACUGAAAAUAUAUUUCAAUAAAAAGUUGUGCUCCAUUGUUUUACUAUUAUUAUUUUUGUACAUAUUUCCUAGUUAUAUGGUUACUUUUGAUUUAAUAAAAAACAUAAAGCUAAA